AUGUCUUAUCAAGGCACCUGCAAGAGAUUGGGUUUACUGGAAGGAGAUCAACAUUGGGAAAAUACUUUGUCAGAUGCUGUUGUAUCAGAGACAGCCACAAAGUUAAGAGAAUUAUUUACGAUCAUCCUCAUAUUUUGUCAGCCAUCUGACCCCUUCGAGCUGUGGAGUAAAUUUCGUAAUGAUUUGUGUGAAGAUAUAUUAAACAGAAUUCGUAAUGACAAUCAGGAUAUUACAUUAGAAUAUAAUGAUGAUAUAUACAAUGAAGGACUUAUAAUUAUUGAAGAUAAGAUUCAUGAGAUGUGUGAUAAAUCUUUAACUGAUUUUGGACUUCCAGCAUCGAAUAGGAAUAAUUCAAAUAGUAAUAUGGAUGCGUUGGAAGCAGCUUUGCGGAAACCAUAUGAUUUAAAUAAAUCAAGUGAAUAUAUAUCUGAAAAUGAACCUAAAUUAGUGAAUGACCAGCUUAAGGCGUACAAUUGUGUUUUGAACAGUGUUCGUGUUAAUGAAGGAAAGAUAUUCUUUUUGGAUGCCCCAGGUGGAACCGGCAAGACUUUCGUUACUAAUUUGAUAUUAGCAAAAGUUAGGUCUCAGGGAAAACUAGCUUUGGCCGUUGCGUCUUCGGGUAUCGCUGCGACUUUAUUAGCAGGUGGACGCACCGCUCAUUCAACUUUUAAACUGCCUCUUACUGUUUCUUUGCAUAAAGAUAGCGUGUGCUCUAUCCGUAAAAAUGGCCCUUUAGGAAAAAUUUUGCAAGAUGUCAGUUUAAUAAUAUGGGAUGAAUGUACCAUGAUUCAUAGAGCUCAUGUAGAGGCAUUAGAUAGGACUCUUAGAGACAUUAGAAGCUCUAACAAAGUCAUGGGUGGAAUCACUGUCAUGUUUGCUGGUGAUUUUCGACAAACGUUACCGGUGAUAGUUAGAGGAACUAGAGCUGACAUUGUGAAGUCUUGCUUAAAAACUUCCCCGAUGUGGAAGUUCGUUCAUACUCUAAAACUAUCCACUAAUAUGAGAGCACAUUUGGGUGGAGGCAGUACAAAUUUUCCUUCAAAGUUACUUUUGAUAGGAGACGGGAAAAUACCUCAUUUUGAAAACAAAAUUGAAAUUGAUCACGAUUUAGGUGAAAAAGUUACCAGCAUUGAAGAUCUAAUCUCAAAGGUCUACCCUGAUGUAGACCAAAUAGAAAACAAAGACUAUCAGUGGAUGUGUCAAAGGGCAAUAUUAGCGGCUAGAAAUAGUAGUGUUGACGAAAUUAAUGACAUAAUAUUGCGUAAACUUCCAGGAAAUAAGGUAAACUACAUUUCCAUUGAUAAUGUUAUGGAUCAAGAAGAUGCUGUACAUUACCCACAAGAAUUUCUCAAUUCUCUAAAUCCGAGUGGCCUUCCACCAGAUUCUCUCAAAUUAAAAACUGGUACUCCAAUUAUUUUGCUAAGAAACCUUAAACCACCAAAUUUAUGUAACGGAACCAGACUCCAAGUAAAACUUCUGCGCAACAAUGUAAUCAUUGCUAUAGUUUUGACUGGUCCAGCAGUUGGUCAAACGGUGCUAAUACCUCGCAUCCCUAUGAUUCCGAAUGAUUUGCCUUUUAACUUUAAAAGAAUUCAGUUUCCCGUAAAAGUAUCGUUUGCUGUAACAAUCAAUAAAGCACAGGGACAAACAUUUAAGCACGUAGGAAUAGAUUUACGACAAGACUGUUUUACACAUGGACAACUAUAUGUUGCAUUAUCAAUAUCAGGCUGCGAAGAAAAUCAAUAUGUUCUUCUACCUCAAGAAAAUAAAACUAAAAAUAUCGUGUACACAGAAGUACUUUAA